UAAUCAUGUAAAGUGCCUACAAGUGUCUGGCUUAUUCUGAUUGGUCAGGACAUUUCGAUGACGCCAGGGUGAUGGAGCCGGAAGUAGAAUUCCAAUAGUAAACACAACCGUGGUAACUGUGUUGUUACUCUUUACAAGAUGGUGUACGUGUCCAACGGCCAGGUCCUGGACAGCAGGUCCCAGUCACCAUGGGGACUCUCUUUACUGGUCGAUCUCUUCUGGGGAGCAGUAGAUUUCAUCAGCCUGUUUUUUAGGACAAUCCUUAACCCGGACAUGACAAAGAAUGGAACUACUGGUUCGUCACAACUAAGUGAUGGCAGAGGUCCCCCUGGUCCCCCUGGAGGCAGAAGGAAGAUGGGAAGAAUAAACCAUGGUACAGGUCCCAGUGCUCCACCAAUGGGUGGAGGAGGAUGAGGAAGGUGA